GCAAGACAACUCACCACGGUGAACACAUAUUUUCUGGAACCUGGAGAAUAAAUAAACGCUAUCACCUUUACCUGGGUGGCUAUGUUUCUAGCCAUCAACGACCCGUAGUCCGCCAUCGCUGCUCUUCUCGGACCCGCCGGCAGAUGUCGCUGGUUUCCUCGAAGCGUCGCGCGCUGUUUACAAAAGAAGAAGAACAUGGAGGAAACUCGACAACACGGCCCUUGAACAGCUUGUUGAACAAUGAACCAGUCAACAUGGGGCAGACACUGUGUUUGUGCACCCGUGGCUCCAUCACCAUCGACAACAAAAAAUAUUACUUCGUCCAGAAAUUAGAUGAAGGUGGGUUCAGUUAUGUGGACCUGGUUGAGGGGGUAAAGGAUGGGCGCUUCUAUGCCCUGAAGAGGAUUCUGUGCCAUGACCGUGAAGGCCGCCAGGAAGCUCAGACUGAAAUGGAGAUGCAUCAGAUGUUUAAUCACCCCAACAUCUUGAGCCUGGUCGCCCACACCUUUGUUGAUCGUGGAGGCAAGAGUGAAGCCUGGUUGCUUCUGCCUUAUAUUAGUAAAGGCAGUCUGUGGUCAGUUCUGGAGAAGCUAAGAGACAAGGGCAGCUCAAUGCCUGAAAAACUGAUUUUGCAAGUUUUUCGUGGCAUCUGCUCUGGACUCAAGGCCAUUCAUGAAAAAGGUUACGCACACAGAGAUCUGAAGCCCACCAAUGUGCUUCUGGAUGAGGAUGACAGGCCAGUUCUAAUGGACCUGGGCUCUAUGAACCGUGCCAGGAUUGAGGUUAAAGGCACCAGAGAAGCCAUGACCAUACAGGACUGGGCAGCCCAGCGUUGCACCAUUUCCUACAGGGCUCCUGAACUCUUCAAUGUAGAGAGCCACUGCAUUAUAGAUGAGCGCACUGAUAUCUGGUCACUUGGCUGUGUGCUUUACUGCAUGAUGAUGUUGGAGGGACCAUACGACCUGGUGUUUCAGAAGGGGGACAGUGUUGCCCUUGCUGUCCAGAAUCCAGUGACCAUCCCACAGUCUUGCAGUUACUCCGAGGGCCUGCAGGUGCUGCUGAGCUCCAUAAUGGUGUCAAAUCCCCAGGAGAGACCAAACAUCAGUUGGGUUCUUGACCAGGUACAGGACCUGCAGAGUCGCAGCCCCAACACCCAAACCAACAUGGUCUGAUGUUGCACGUUGCAUUAAAUUUGGGCCCUUUGCACACGUAAA